GGAGGCUGGCCUUGAAUGAAAAACCAGCAGCCAACAGCAGGCGCGAAGGCACUGCGGCCCACGAGGCUGUGGGCUGCUGAGUGCGAGAAACGUGAGCUCAGCUGGCUGCAUCACUGCAGUGCUCACUGCAGAGACGGGAGAGGAGAAGGAAGGCGGGCGAGCGAGCGAGCGAGCAAGCAGGCAGCAGCCCUCGCGCGCUUCCCGGCAUCCCGGCUCUUCAUCGCCCGGGAAACAAAACAGCCCCCGCGGCGGAGCAUCUUGCAAGCUGCAGGUCGGAGUUCCUGCCGCAGGGAGGGAAAGCGAGCCUGCCCGCGCCCCUGCUAAGCGCCCAAGAGGGCUUGCAAAGGGAUCCAAGGCCGACCCCACCCCUACCCUGGAGCAUUUCCCCAAAGGAGGCCCUGCGGCAUCCCGGGCAUUCUGGAAACGACACUCUUCCCGGAUUGUGAGCAGCAGCAUCCUUCGGGGAGAGACGCCCCCCCACCCCCCGGGAAAGCACAAGCCUCGGCUAGCCGGGAGGAGAGGAACAGAAGCCGUGGUUCUUGGCACCGACCAUCCCCUCCCCUCCAUCCAGGAACCAGGCACGCAGCAGGAGGGAGGAUCUAGGCAGGAUUUCUCUCCCCCCACCCCCCGCCCCAUCUCUCUGCACUUGCCAGCAUCUGUGCCCUUGCAGAGAUAGGAAAAAGCAACGCAGCCCUUCCAGGCGGACGACUCGCUCCUUGGGCUCGCGGUCCGGAGCUGCCGCGGCUUCCACUGUUUCCCAGAUCGUCUUCUCCAUCGCCAGGCAAGAGGAAUCCGGCCUCCUGCUUCAGGAAGCCAAAGCAGCAUUGCCAGCUAGAGGAGGGGAGAGUGUGGAGUUACCAGCCCUUGCCCCGGAGGCUGCCCUUCGCCGCCUCUGCAAGGAAACCACUGGAUUAGAGGGAGCGCCUCUUGCUAACCUGCUCUGGAGCUGACAGCACCUGUUUUAGGCCCGGCGGAACAUCUGGCCUGGGCAGCAAACAUCUGGAUCCAUCACAUCUGCAGGAGCAGCCUUUCUUGGCUUUGCCUUUGGUAAGAUCAGUUGGGUUCUCUGGAGCAAGGGGCUGCAGCCUGCAGGCAUUUGCGGACACCCUAGGUCAGAUGGUCUGAGCAGGGCUGGAUUAGGGGCCCUAAUAGGGUGUCAAGAAGGACCACAGCCCUCGGCUGCCUUUCAGAUAACCUCUAAGACUGGGCCUUUGGAAGCACGCCUGGAACUGAAGCGGCAGAGAAGGGCUGUUUUGGGUGCACUGCAAAGCUGCCCUAGUAAACAAGGCCCUGCGGAGAUACAAACCGAGCUUGACAUUCCAGCAAGCGCCACAAGAACACAUUGUAGAGACGGAGCUGUCUGCCUGCUGUCAGGUGGGAACCUGCUGCUUUGCACCUGAGCAGGAUGUGUUCCAGUUGUGGAUCUCUCUCCUGGUACCUGCCCCGGAGGAAGGAGCUUUGCAGAAGUCUGUGACCAGGCGAGUGGGAGAGACGGGGGAAAGUCAGAGCUCUGGAAUUUGCAAAACACAUUCUUGAGCCCGGUCAGGAUCUCCUCGAAUGUAAACAGGAAUCAAGGCCCUGUGGGGGAGGGGUACUUGCAGGGAGGGGCCAAAGGCAUAGCACAGGCUGCUCUGAUAGCAUUCCAUCCUGAGAUGCAGAUGCUGCCUGACUCACCUGCAGUCAAAGUGGUUUAGGCCUGGAGUGUGGAAAAAUCAAAGCCCAGCCUGCUUUGGCUUUGUUCACCUAGCCAGUCUGUGAGGUGUCAUCCCGCAAGGGCUGGCAUCCAUCCCAGCGCUGUAAAGUGUUACAGUUUGCCCAACCCAGCUGCAUUCUGAAACAUCCCACCAAGCCCCGAAUUGUGGAAACGUAACACGGUCCUCGCCUCCUACCUGUCACCCUGCAACCUGCCUUGCAAGGAAUGCACACGGAACUGGGGUCCUAGCACUGUGGUUGCAACCCACCAGGAAGAAGGAAGUAUUUUGGCACCUUUCGCCCCAGGAUGUGCCCCUGUUCCAGCGGCUUUCUCCAGCACUGCCGCUUCACGGCUCGCACACGAUUCAAAGCCUGGCCUGCUACGAACAACUUCUAGCCUCAUGCAGGAGACCCUCGGAGAACCCAGAGCCACGGACAGUAAUGUUAAGAACCUCCUCAUGUCAUGUCUGAAAGGGCAACAGGUCAUUAUCAAAAUGGAAGCCAUGAAGAUCAUCCAUCCGGAGAAGUUCUCGGAGCUGCAGAGCUCCCAGUCGCGCUACGUCCCUGCCCCCCGACGUGAGCCUCCGCUGGUUGCCAAGCGGGCCUGGCCUUCGGAGUCAGAGAUCAUCGUGAACCAGGCUUGUGGGGACAUCCCAGCCUUAGACAGUAACCCGGGGGCUCUGGGGUUAUCUCGGACACCACCUCUGCCCCGGCGUGAGCGGCUCUACCAAGGACAGCGCAAAGGCAGCUCGGAGAUCUGCUACCAUCGCCAGCCCCCGCCAUCGGACGAGGUGAUUGUGAACCAGUACGUGCUGCACGCUUCCACCCCGUGCGAGCCGCUGGAAUGCCCGACCUGCGGCCACAUGUACAACUUCACCAACAAGCGCCCGCGCAUCCUCUCCUGCCUGCACUCUGUGUGCGAGGAGUGCCUGCAGAUCCUCUACGAAUCCUGCCCGAAGUACAAGUUCAUCUCCUGCCCCACCUGCAAGAGGGAGACCGUGCUAUUCACUGACUAUGGACUGGCUGCCCUGGCAGUGAACACGAGCAUCCUCAACAGACUUCCCGCGGAGGCUCUUUCUUCCAACCCCGUGCAGUGGAGCAGCGAUACUGACCGCAGUUGCUAUCAGACCUUCCGCCAGUACUGCGGGGCGGCCUGCACAUGCCACAUUCGAAACCCACUGUCUUCCUGCACCAUCAUGUAAGCUGUGUGCUCCUUGCCCUUCCCCCUGGUUCCCCCUGUACCCCUCCACCACCCUGGGCAGCGGGACCGUAAGAGAGCGGAGAACACUGCAGCCUUUCUUGGGAGACCCCCGUUUGGACAAGCUUAUCUGUCUUAUAUGGCUUUAUGGGAUUCUUAACCAUUCUGGCUCCAGAACCUGCUGUUGUGUCCUGCUGGAAACUGACACAGGGGAAAUAGAGAGCGGAAUGUUCAGCUCUUAGAUGAAGGAUGGAAGAUGGACCAUCAAGAAUCAUGGCGGAGAGAGAUAUUUUAGCACGCUCUCACGGCCCACAGCUACGUCCAUCCUUCAGUUCACCUUCCCUCCUUCUCGGCAGUAUCUUAGUGGAUUAAGUCUGUGGAUUUAAUUGCCCAAGGCAGUGUUCCGUCCUUCCCUGUGGUGCACGGUGUGGGGUCUCAGGAGAUCAGCUCUGGUCACCUUUCUACCAGUGGCUUGGACAGGGGAGCCACCCAUGUUAGGAGUCAGAAGCAGCCAAAGGAGAUGGCAAGAUAUAGGAAUCCCAGAGAAGCGGUGCCAGGCGGGCCUGUGCCAGAGGCCAACUCAAAUGCCAGUUUCUCUUUUUAAGUUAUUUGCCAAAGCUUCCGUUUCUGUGCCCAAGCUGUAGUGCGUCCAGAUUUGCUGCUGCCAAUCGAAAGACAGUUGCCAACAGACUUCCUGGAAGGGUCCCAUUUCCUGAUGUCCUUGAGGGAAGCUUUUUAAAAAUAUAUGGUUUGUUUUUGUUUUGUUUUUUUAAAUCCUCGUUCUUGAGGAUCUCUGUUCCUCAUUACUGUUUCAGAAAUGCAUCUUGUUUGGGCCCUGGCCGUCAAUAAAACAGAUUGAAGUUA